AUUUCACAGUCAGCAUGUAGAGUGAUGGUGUAAAAACAACUGUGUAUUUUGUCGAGUCGUAGAACUCAGAAACUUUGUAUAUUUCAGCAUGGGAAAUAAGGAGAGUCGGCCCUCAAUUAUACCGUAUGAGGACGCAAUAAAACGAGUGUCUGAUGAAGAAUUUAAGCGCCUACGUGAGGCGUUUAAGCGUUAUUCCACCCCUGCUGGGUACAUGAGCCGACCCGUGUUUGUGAAGGAUGUACUUGGGGAUGGAAUGCCAACCAAGCUUGGAGAGCAUCUGUACUUUGCAUUUGGUGGGAACAACAAGGGUCUCAUAUUCAAGGAACUCUUCAGUGGUAUGGUGCUGCUGGCCAAAGGAUCACAGACAGAGAAACUCAAAUUUAUCUUUGCAUUGUGUGCGUGUCAGGAGAAUGGCAUGUACAUUAGCCAGGAGGAUGUGGAGCAAUUCAUCUCAACAUGUGACGGCAACACGCCACCCCAAGAGGUUGCUCAACUCUUCCGAGAGGAUGAUCGAGUUUCGUACGAGCAGUUCUGCUCCUGGCUCCUCAAGCACAGUCACGUGAUGAAGCUGUCGGCAUGGUUACUUCAAGACUCUAACAAGCCCGGUCUGCGAUUAUCCGAUGAGAGUGAUACCCCAACGUUCUACCAGACACUAGCUGGAGUGACACACUUGGAGGAGACAGAUAUUAUUGAGUUGGAGAAGAAAUACUGGGCACUGCAAGCGCAGUCAAAGACCGGCCGCUUUGACCUAGACACAUUCAUGCCAUUGAUCUCCCCACCGAUGCCCAAAGAGUUAUGUGAAGGAGUCUUCAAUGCGUUUGAUGUGAACAGUGAUAACCACAUAGACCUGAAGGAGAUGGCAUGCGGCCUGUCAGCGUGCUGUCGAGGACCAAGGAUAGAGAGACAGAAAUUUUUCUUCAAGAUCUUUGAUGCUGACCAGGACAGCCUGCUGAAUCGAGAUGAAUUGGAGAAGAUGGUCCAGAGUCUCCUCAAUGUCAGGAGAGAGAAUAGAGUGGGACUGGAAGUGGAUGUCAAGUCAGUGGAGAAUUUGGACCCAGUCGACAUAGCAGCUGAUAUAUUGGCCAAUCACGACGGCGAUAAAGACGGCUGCAUCACGCAAGAGGAAUUCCAGAUGUGGGCAAUCAAGAACAGUCUACCCGAUGACUUCUGUAAACUCCUUUUUCAAGUAUGUCACAUCAUCCUUGGUUUAAGACCCCAGACCACCGAGGAGGAGAAAGAAGUGAUUCUGGGCUGGGUUGAGAGAGAAAAAAGGAGGGGGCUUAGACUGACCCAGACGUGGUAUCUCAUCUCCAUGAACUGGUGGAGGACCUGGAACCAUUACGUCAGCCACAAGCCGCCCUUCUCCAACCAGACCCUGAACCAUUCCAAGAUGACCAGCCCCAAUGCCAGCGGCACCCUCGGUAGACAAGGCACCCAAGCGUGGAGUGAGACCAAGUCCAGAAGCCCACUCCUCUCACGUCGAGGCACCCACAGUAAUGGGUCAAGCUCGGCACCUAACAGCCCCACGAGGUCACCCAAGAAGUCUGGGCCUGGGAAUCAGGGAAGUCUUGGCCCGCCUAAACCGGGACUCGUUGAUAAUACUCUGCUCAUUAUGCCCGAUAGCAGAAAGGUCGGGACAUUAACAAACGAGGGGGGCAGAUUGAAGCGUAAUCCGCCGCUAAUGCAAGGCAAGGAUUAUGAAAUCAUACCAGAGCCAGUAUGGAAGGCCCUGUCACAGUGGUAUGCUGGCGGGCCGUCUCUCCCAAGAAAUGUGAUAGUGCCUUUAGAAGGAGAGCCCAGUGCUUCAUUAGAGUUAUACCCAAUCAGUGUACGUCUCCUCAGACACCAGACCGUACAACAGAGACAGAAUGCAUGGAAUGGGGUCAAUAUUGGCAACGUGUCCAUCGGAGCUAGCGGUAUUAGCUUCAGUCAGAACAGCAACUCCACCCCUCCGGCCCCUAAGAGGUACCUCGCCCACACGGCCUGCUUCAGUAAGAUGCACACCAUGCAGCAGGUAUACGAGUUCCUCUCGGGCCGGCUCAGAAUACGCAGUGAGGAGAUGAGGCUCUGGAAUCUCAAAGAUGAGAACAAUCCCAUCUUACUGGAGGAUGAUUCGAGUACCUUAGAGCAGCAGAAUAUCACGGAGGAUCAAAACGUCUUGAUUGAAGUCAGGAAUAAGGAUCUUAGCUGGCCUGAGGAGAUGUCACUGUUGGCUAAGAGCAAACAAGAUAACAAGAAACAAGUUGUGAGGACAGAGAGCGGACUGACUGGCAUGAGUAACCUUGGUAAUACAUGCUUUAUGAAUGCAGCUAUACAGUGCAUCAGCAACACACAACCACUCACACUCUACUUCAAGACAGACUCCUUCCUCUAUGAGCUUAACUCGACCAACCCACUUGGAAUGAAGGGGCACAUUGCAAAGCGGUACGGUGACCUGGUACGAGAACUCUGGGCUGGUAAUGCGAAGAGUGUUGCACCGCUCAAACUCAGGUGGACGAUAGCCAAGUAUGCACCGCGCUUUAACGGUUUCCAGCAGCAAGAUUCUCAGGAGUUAUUAGCGUUCUUGCUGGAUGGUCUUCAUGAAGAUUUGAAUCGAGUCCAAGAGAAGCCAUACGUUGAGCUGAAAGAUAGCGAUGGACGACCGGAUGAAGAAGUCUCCCAAGAGGCAUGGGAGAACCAUCUCCGUCGUAACCAAUCCGUCAUAGUAGACCUCUUCCAGGGUCAGUUGAAGUCUCAGGUGCGAUGCAAGACGUGCGGUCAUACCAGCGUACGCUUUGACCCUUUUAUCUUCCUCUCGUUACCUCUACCCAUGGAGAGCUCCAUGCAUGUAGAGAUUGUCGUUGUUAGAUUAGACGGCUCAGUACCCAUCAAGUACGGCCUGAGGCUGAACAUGGAGGCCAAGUACAAGGCGUUCAAGAAACAGCUUGGUGAACUGUGCGACCUUCAAUUGGAUCAGCUGUUACUCGUAGAGGUUGGGGGCGCUAUGGUCCGGAGUUUCCCAACAGAUGCGCAAAAGAUAAGAACGUUACUUGGAGGGAUUUUAUACUGCUAUGAAAUUCCUUUAAUUUCACCAUCGCCGAGUCAACAAAACACGACCGUACACAACACAAUCCAUUCAGACAGCCUCACCAAUCUGCAAACUCUCCCUCCCAUCAACUCACCCACUCCCAAUGACCUGACAAUAACCACCCCUCCACCAAAUGGAGUCAUCCAAGGUAACCACGGUAUCGGGAUCACAGGCUAUCAGGCCACCAGUAUCAGCAUGAUCAACAUGGGAGGGUCAAACGGCGGGGGUGUUGUGAAACAGAACGGGGAGGUGGGGCAGGGCAGACUAAACGGUGAUGUCGUGACUGAGAAGCAAUCAACGACUCAAUCUCCUGUCAAGCAACACAGUCGAACACCGAGCACAGCAAGUGCUAACAGCAGCGUAGGAGCCUCCCCUACCGCCGUUCACAACUUUGAGGGAUUCGUGGUCGCGGUGCAUCGGAAGAUGAUCCGUAUGGACAUGUACUUCCUAUCGUGGCAGAAGAGUCGUCCAUGCCUGUUUGGUAUCCCCAUCAUCCUGCCGUGUCUGGCUGGGGCAACGUCUCACGAGGAGCUGUACUCAUCAGUCUGGAUGCAAGUCAGUCGCUUAGUCAGCUCAACGGCACCCAUGGAGAAUGGCCACAAGAAUCACGCCGAGGAUGGUGACAGUCCUCGCCAUAGUUAUCCGUUCACCUUGAAAGCUGUGCAGAAAGACGGCAUCACGUGUGCCUGGUGUCCUUGGUACAGAUUCUGUCGUGGCUGUGAGAUCUCCUGCUGCAGCGACCCAUUCACCUCUGGGACGACCUUCUUGGCCAUAGACUGGGACCCAACGGCGUUACAUCUUAGGUAUCAAACUUCACAAGAAAGGGUGGUGACGGAGCACGAGAGUGUUGAGAAGAGCAGACGUCUUCAGUCGGAGCCAAUCAGUCUUGACGACUGUCUCAGAGCAUUCACUAAGGAGGAGGAGCUAGGAGAAGAUGAACUCUACUACUGCUCCAAGUGUAAACACCAUCGGCUCGCUGUCAAGAAACUGGAUAUCUGGAGAUUGCCUCCUAUACUGGUUAUCCACUUGAAGAGGUUUCAGUUUGUCAAUGGCCGCUGGGUCAAAUCUCAGAAGAUCGUCAAAUUCCCUAAGGAGGACUUUGAUCCGUCGAACUUCCUGGCUCCCCGUCACCCCGUUGCCUUUAGGAACUUAGUCAUCGGACGACAGCGACCCCGCAGUGAGAUGAUGGAGGUGAUCGACAUUGCUCAGGAAGGAGCGCCCGAAGGGGAUGUGGACAGUCUCAACUCCCAGGGCGGAUUAUGCGUAAACGCGAUAAAAAUGAACGAUGAGUCGAAGGAUCAGACAAAACACGGAGAGAAGAGCUCGUCGGAAUGCACGUGUGGCGAUAGCGCCCUUGUUAACGGUCACUCUGAUGGCCAGGAGGAAACUGUUCGAUGCGGCGGGGCUGGCAGGACAGGGAUCCCCUGCAGCGGCCGGUCCGGUAAGCGACCCCGUAACCUCAUUCUUAAGGAUUCCAAGACUCACCCAGAGAGCCAGGAGUCGGCGGGAGACGCGGGGAUGUCGGAGGAGACCGACGGGAUGGAACGUGAGGCGCUGACGAGGCAACGUUCAUUAUUGAGUCCGAGGAUGGACGCUACGGAUUCACACCCGCUGCUGAAGGGAGAGACGGAGGAUGACCGGGAUGAAAACGGACAUCUGCAACAUAUGUAUGAACUCUAUGGUGUGGCUUGUCAUACUGGUAUUCUAGGAGGAGGUCACUAUGUGGCUUAUGCUGUCAACCCAAAUAAAAAAUGGUACUGUUUCAACGACAGCAGCGUCAAGGAAGUGAAAGAAGAGAUCGACAUGGAUAACGCCUAUAUGCUGUUCUACGAGCGUAAAGGUCUCGGCUACGCAGACUUCAUACCGGACAUAAUCGGUAAAGAACCGGACACGACGCCUAUCGACGACGACAUCGAAGCCGACUACAAGAGGUUCUGUGUGAUUCAAUGACUAAUUGAGCGAGGUAGACUGGGCACAGUGGUUGGUUCGUGGUUACUAUGGUUAUGGAUGACGGCGAGGUAUGGACUUAACGCAUGCAGCGCUGCCAUCAAACACCGAUAGGUAUUCUUUCUCUUUAACAUAAAAAAACAUUCCUGUACAAAAAGAUAAAAUGCAUGAUGUACUUAAACUGUUUCUGAUGCUACAUUCCUGUUGUGGAGCUUGUCAGACUAUCUCGGCCCAUUUUCAAGAAAUUUUUGUGAAGAUGAUCAAUUGGUUUCAAAUGCUGGAAUUUCAAAAGAAGUUUUGUUUUAUUUUCAUACUGGAUCAAGAGGGAGUUAUUAGGGAGGAUUAGCUGCACGUUACGCGAGAAAAAACGUUAACGCGAUUGUGAGAAAAUGUUGUUGUAAAAAUCUCACGUUUUAAGGAUACGUGAAGUUACAAGUUUUCACAGCAGGUACGUACUUGCAGACACCAUACGUGAGCAUUCAAUAAGCCCAAAGUGGUGAAGUCACCUAGAAACGACACAAUUUCUGAUGUUUAUGUUUAUGUUUUUGCUCGCAUAAUGUGCAGCUAAACCUCCCUAUUAUUUCUCGACAUGAACUGGGCAUAGAACCUGGGCCCAAUUGGAUAGAGCACAAUAGUAACUAAGCAAGAAACUAAUUUCUGCUUACAAGAAUAAGGUUACCGGCUAAAGUACCAUGUCACAUGUACCUUUUUGUGUCAGCAGCUGUUUGAAUUCAGGGCAUGCGUCUGUGCUUGGUUGCAAGGAAACUUUUGACAACUACAAACUUUACUUGAAAUUUACUUAACUUCAUGAACGUUGCUCUGCAAACUUUAUGGUCUGUUUUUUAUUAUUGUUUUGGCAAGUGGACUAUCUGAGGGUUUGUCACUGAAUGAUAGCAGUGUAAUUUCAUUAUUUUAAUGCAUUACAUUUCUGUUAGUUCUGCCUAGCCUGUAAGGGGAAAACAAAUCACUUUUAACCCCAAAUUUAUUACAUCUUAAGUUACUUUUGAUUGGGUUAGUGAUACUUGGUCAAAGUUCAUGAAGUUGCUAAGCACAUUAACUUAUGCUUAGCAGAAAACGAUUACCAGUCGGUCAUAAUUAUACAUAGAGCUCAUGUAUGAAUGAUCCCCCAGCAAAUGUUUUUUGCUUAUCAAAAACGAAACUAUUCAGCAGCAAUGUUUUUUAAACGCUCUUUGAAACUUGCCUCUUUGGUGUCUUUUUUCUUGUUUGUCGUACUGAUCAUAGUUUAGAAGGAAAACAAAUCUGCAGAUUAUAAGUAACUCUAUUAUUGUCUUUGCUUGUUUCGCUUACUCAAGUGCUAUUUUAAAAAGUCUUUCAUUUCAAACAAAAUCUAACAACAAACCAGAUGGAUUCUACGAAAGUUUAAAAAUGGUAACCAUGAAUUAUAAAAUCACUGUGAACGCUUGGUUUGUCUCGCGGUAACCGUAGCAAUGUUUGUAAAUAAUACAUCAAGUAUAAAUCGAGUGUACAGCUCUAGAUGUUAUAUUAUUAUUUUGUUGUUUGCUUUUAAAUGAAUUUGUAUUACUGAAUGUCAAUGAGCCCCACAGAUCACUGCAAGUUUUUACUGAGAUUGCAAAUUGUCUUCCUUCAAGGAUGAUGAAAACAGUUCUGAGACUGUCACAAUUUUCACAAUAUUAGUUCACGCUGAUAGGAGAAAACGUACUGAAGCUUGACUUUAACACAGGGCCUCUGGACAUGCUGGAAGACCAAGAUUCGACACUGUGUGCCUUCAGGACCAAUUUCAUGGAUCUGCUUACCGCCAAAUUCUGUCUUACCAUCAUCAGUGUCCGCUUACUGCGCAAGCACCAAGUUUCUGUGCUAGCUAUGAAGCAAAGAAUGCCUAGUACAUGUAACAGGGAGUACUCUCACGCACUUAAGCAAAAAUUCCCUGCUAACCCGUGAAAUACACUUGACGUUAGCACGGAAUUCCCUGCUUCCGUAUGCGUUGAUUAUUUGCUUACAGAAAACAGAACCAUGGAAUUCCCUGCUUCCGUAUGCGUUGAUUCUUUGCUUACAGAAAACAGAACCAUGAAAUUGGGUCCAGGUGUCCAGAAGUUAAUUUCACAAAGAGCUAAGCUUCAUCUUAAAAUGUGUCUCAAUCUUAAUUGCUGGAAAAGUGUGAUGUCACAACACAAAUUACUAUGGCAGUAUUGACAGCUCAUCUUAAGAUAAAUCUUUGUGCUUUGUGAAAUCCAGUCCUGGCCCAAGCUGGAGAGCACAAACCAUUUACAAAGCACAGACAUAUUCUGCUUAGCAAAAAUGGAUUACCAGCUACAAUGUUGUGUAAUGUACAUUGUUUGUGACUGGUCCCCUGCAAAUUUGCACUUAGCAAAUAUAGUAAUGCUGCAAUGUUGAGCAGCUGGCAUGAAAGUUUUCCAAAAAUUGAAGACCUGGUGCAGUGACCUUUGCUUUUCUUUCACAUAAAGGCUGGAAUUCGACCGGGAAAACCCUCUUUAGACUUUUUGUGUGGAUUUGUAGUGAUUGAUACACGUGCAUACAGAGAGAAUUAACAACUUGGAAUUUCCCAGUACGUAGCUCUUGUAUUAUAACUCAGCGGGCCAAGGUUCAAAUCCUGCUUCAGUACAAUUUUAGCUUAGGUUCCACAAUUAGAUAAAUAGAAAUUACCAAUAAGCACCCACUUCACCUACUCUGUAUUUCGUUUGUAUAUUAUUUGAUAUAUAUUUUUUAUUUUAUAUGAAAAAGAAAUUGCUGCUUUUAUUCAGUGUAAAGAAAGGUACUAUAAAGUGUGCAUUUUUUUGUUAUUAUCAAAUAUGUUUUUAUUAUCUGCUGUUGAUUUACUAUGAUUUGGUUUGAAUUGAAAAAUUGUAAUCUUAGUUUAAAGCUUCUUCUUGUCAAAUGGAUGUCAUUCAAUUUUGACAAAAUUUGCACUGGAAGGGUAUAACAUUCUCUGGCAUUUCACGGCAUUCUUAUUUGAAGUUGUAAUUUUUGUUUCCAAUUUGAGUUGGUUUGUACACGA